AUGGAGUCUAUGGAUCCGCAGCAUCUCCGGCUGCAUCAGCAUUUCAAAGAAAGCCGUAGCCGCUUCCAGACGUUAAUGCAGCGGCUGAUUGCAAAGUACAACCAGCCCUUUGAGGACGACCCGUUGGUGCAGAUGGCCACGCUGACCUACCAGACGCCCUACGGAUUGAGACUUUGGGGAGGAAGGCUGUUAAAGAAAGGAGACGAGGAGCAAACUCAGGUGAUUGACAGAAUAGAUGGGCAAGCUCCAGAAGGUGAAUCACAGAGCAGCAUUGCAGAUACAAGCUCAGAGGAGGAGGACUGGCCAUCUUGCAACUUGACGAAGAGAGAAGUUUCUGGUGAUACUGGGCAGCAUCAGCCUACAGUGCCAGAAAACACCUUGACAACUGAUUUAAGAAGGAAGUACUUGACCCAGAGGGAUAUACUGCUUCAAGAUGCAGAGUAUUUUAAGAACGCAGAGAAGGGAGGUGGAAAAACCACAGUCAUGACUUGGGUUCCUUCCGUGACCUCACCUGUCACACCAGCCCCUGGAUGCCAGGAUGUUAUGUCUGCAGAGAGCUUUGGUAGUCCUGAAAUGUCUGCUUUGUCCUCCAGAGACCAGGGGCCCUUGUACCCUUGCCUAGCUGACAUGACCAUUGUGACUAGAAAUGACAGCUCCUUACUAGAGACAAGCAGCAACAGCAUAAGCAACCAGUCCUUUGAGGUUGAUGACAUUUGCAAUGUGACGAUCAGUGAUUUAUAUGACGGCAUGAUGCAUUCCAUGAGUAGGCUGCUCCGCUCAAAGCCGUCCUGCAUCAUCUCCACCAAGACCCACAUCAACCAGAACUGGCAGCUCAGGAAGAGGCUCUCACGCAAGCACCGGAUGCACAAGAACACGACGUGCCGCCACAGGAGCAAGCCUUCCCAGAGGAUCUCCAGGAAGGGGUCUGCGCCCUGCUCAGAGCCCAAGAAAGAGGCCAGAAUAUUAAGAGACUACAAGAACUUACUGCAUGUUGCUCCUCACAAGACAGGCUCAGAACUGAAAAGCAUUUCUCCUGAAGGAAGCAACCUCCAAGGCCAUAAACUCAGUCCAGCUUGGAAGGAGCUCCAGGUGAUGCCUCAGAAGCACUUGGACUCAAACACAGUAUACCACCUUGAACAAGAGAAUAGGGUGAAGGCCUUACAGUGGCUAAUUUCACCUGUUAAAAUGGUUCCCAGACCAAGGAUGCGUCCAAGUCAGGUAGAAAAAUGGUAUAGAGAGAUUAAAAUCAAAUUUGACAAACUUCAUCAGGAAUGUUGCCUAUCUUCUAGGAAACGGCCUCGCCUGACUGGCCCCACAGAGUCUUGGGCCACAGACAUGUGCAGAGAUGGUUCUAAAAGUCCAGGCAGCCGCCAGGGUGUAGAGACCCUCAGGCUGAGUUCACCUUUCAGCAGAGAAAAGACAGAGAAGCCAGGUAAAGCUUUUGAAGACCUGAGGGGAGGAUCUGUCAAAACAAAUAGCUGUCUUCUAAGCAUCGGUCCCUCUCCAGAAGACAGCCUGUCACAAAGCCCAGCCCAUUCUCAACAGAGGUCUGGCAGCCUUCAAGAACAUAAUUCUGAACCAAUCAGAAAGGCAGUAUGGCCCAGUACAGCUAUUUCGGCACCAUGCAUAGGUUCUCCAGGCUAUGGGAAGAGUCACUAUGACGAGCUUAAAAAAGAAUUCAGCAGACUUCAUCAGAAGUAUUGCCUCAUGUCACCUCAGCGGGUGAGGGCAACUUCGUGUGGCAGAGUAUCUCCAAUGAAAGCUGCUACAGCUGUUCCUGGUGAAACAGAGCACUUGAAAAGAUUAAAUCCAGACUCUCCAUUCCAGAGUUCCCAGAAAUGGUCAAUGUCUCCUAGCUGGCGCAUAAGAAUCCUACAGGAUUCAGCUGCAGUGGAGGCUCGAGUGUCUGUCCAGAGAGCUAGUGCUCUUGUGAGAGACUCUCAGUUGUCAACAAAGAGGCGCAAGUUGUCAUACCCAGUGGUGUGUGCUCACCAGUCCAAAUCUCAAGAUUCCUCAGGAGCAGCAGGCUGGCCCUGAGCAUCCUGACUGCUGAUUGGGUGUUUGUCUGUUGGACAUGAUGCUUAUAUGUAGUCAGCAGUUGCUUUGAGGCAGAAGACACUGGCAGACACUUUCUCCUUUUGGAGGUGGGGCCCAGAGCAUCCCAUGUGCUGAGCAGUCUCUGGCUGCCCUUGGCCUCUGUCCAGCAGUCUCCCCUGUUCCUCCAUAUCACAGCAUCAUCUCUGUUCUUUCUUGUGGGAUGUUGGUCCCUUGGGCUUCUCCAGCCAGCCUCAGCCGUUUCUGUGUGUCUUAAUCAUAUUCGGGGGAUUCUCGAUGGCAGUUUUCCUCUUGAAUUGCUUACCUUGUCUCCUUUCCCCACUCCGCCAUCUUUACCUUCCAUGCUUUUGCUUCUGCACAGGGAAUGCCCUUCAGGAGGACAUGGUGUAAGUCCAUGGGGCAUAACCCACAACCCUGUGCACACUCCCUGGCUUAGUCUUAGAGCUCUGGUUUUGGAGUCUGGGGUGGAGGAGAUGUUUUAUUUGGUUUUUGAGGCAGUCUUGUAUAGCUUGGGCUGACUUUGGACUUGUUGGGUAGUCAAGGUGACCUUGUUCCUGGUCCUCCUUCCCAAAUGUUGA